AUGACCACUCCCUCGGCAGCGCCUCCUACCAAGCCCUUAUCAAGCUCUACACCGUUCUCCUAUGCUUGUCACCAAAACACCAAUCGAUAUGCUGCAGGUCUGCGCCUGAACAAAGAAUGGGCCGCACAGACAGCCCGCAAAUACCCCAACCUCUUCCCUACCCUCGCCACGGGCCAAACACCGCAGAUUCUAUGGAUCGGGUGCUCCGACUCUCGCUGCCCAGAAACCACCUUCUUGGGUCUCGAGCCCGGUGACGUCUUCGUACACCGCAACAUUGCCAACGUCCUCCACCCGGGCGACCUCAGCUCCUCCGGGGUUAUCGAAUACGCCGUGCAAUACCUGCGUGUCCAUCACGUCGUGGUAUGCGGGCACACAUCCUGCGGUGGUGUCGCGGCCGCCAUGGGAAACAAGAACCUGGGUAUUUUGGACCCGUGGCUGUUUCCCCUUCGCCAGUUGCGUGAGCGCAAUCUCAAACUUCUGCAGUCAUUGCCCAGUAAUGAGGCAGUGUCAAAGCUGGCAGAGUUGAACGUUCGCGAGGGCUUGAAUAUUGUCAAGCAGAAAAGUGUUGUGUUGAAUGCCAUUCGCGAGCGGGGACUUCAGCUUCAUGGCUUGAUUUAUGAUGUUGGAUCAGGUGUGCUCAGUGAGCUGGACACGCAGGAUUCGGAGGAGGUUAUUAGGGCUCGUCUAACGGCUUUCCACACGGAAUGA